AUGACCGCAGAUUCACUCAAACGUCGUUCUCCUCUCCUUCGUUGGGGGGUAAUCGCCCUAGUAGCGAUCAUAAUCCUCGCACUCGCACUCGGGAUUGGCCUCGGUCUGGGACUCAAGCACUCUUCUUCUUCUACCUCCGCGGGGAGCAGCAGCAGCGACGACGGCAGUAAUGGCAGCACUGGAGGGAACGGACUCAACGCCACUGCCCCUCCCUUGUCCAACUUUGCGCUCAAGGAUAUAAGGAAUGACUCGCCUCAGGUUAGGGAGUACACACUCGUUGUCCAGGAGGCGACCGGCUCACCGGAUAGCGUCUUCCGCCCAGGGAUGUUGGUUGUCAACGGCACGUACCCCGGCCCCACCUUGGUAGCAAACCAAAACGACAGGAUGAUCAUUCACGUCAUCAACCAGCUUCCAAACAGCACCGCCAUCCACUGGCACGGUCUGUACCAGAACUCGACGCCUUUCUACGACGGGACGAACGGGAUCUCCCAGUGCGGUAUCCCCCCUUCCCAGUCGUACACGUACAACUACACCUUUGGCGACUUCUCUGGCUCCACGUGGUAUCACGCGCACUACAGUACGCAGUACACGGACGGAGUUGUUGGCGCCUUGAUCGUCAACCCGAGCAAUGCGAGCACAGACGCUGACGGGCGACCUGUCCCCCCCACACCAGCCCCGACCGUCCCGGUACCAGCGUACGACCAGGACAUAGUCGUCGUCAUGCAAGACUGGUACCACACGCCGUCUCCUAUCGUGCUCGCGCUCUUCCUUGGUCCGGACGGGAUCGACGGCACGCAGGGGGACGAGCCCACCCCUGAGUCGGGGACGAUGAACGGCUUGGGACAGUUUGACGGCAAUGGGGAGUACUUCAACUUCUCCCUCGAAGCGAACAUGACCUACCGGUUCCGGCUUGUCAAUACUGGUUCACUGGCCAAUAUCAGGUUCUCGAUCGAUGAUCACCCCUUGCUGCUCGUCUCCGCCGACGGGGUAGACGUCGUACCCCAGUGGGUGUCGGGUGUCGAGCUGGCCGUGGCACAGCGGUACGAUGUGCUGGUUCGAACGAACGAGACGAGCGGCGGGCAGUGGUGGGUCAGGGGAACGAUACUGGACGACAUGUUCGCGUAUUCCAUCCCGGAUCAGGAGCUCGACCAGCGGGGGAUCCUCUCCUACCCCGUUCCCUUCCCUAACACUACCCCUCUCGACCCUGCGUCCGCCGACCCUGGGCCUGGAGCGAACAUCUCCGAUCUGGAUACGUCGACACUCGUCCCUUCCCUGCCUAUCGACGCUCCUGAACCGACGCACAGGUACCCAGUGACGAUCUCCUUCCAGGAAACGCAGGACGACGAGUACCUGGCAUUCCUGAACAACACCUCCUGGUACCCGCUCGACAAGGAGUGCACGAUGUCCCUCCUCCAACAACCUUCUUUCCUCAGCUCGCUGACUUCCUCCGACGGGCCAUCGGUGUACGGAGACUCCCAGCUCCUCCUAACACACAACGGGAUCGAAGUUGUCGAUCUCCUCCUGGACAACCUGGACGAAGGUGACCACCCGUUCCACAUGCACGGCCAUCGGCCCUGGGUGAUGGGCUCCGGAGCGGGGCGGUAUCAAGGACAAUCCUUCAACCUGACGAACCCGAUGCGGAGGGACACGCACCUCAUCCCAGCCUACUCGUGGGUCGCCCUCCGGUUCAUCACCGACAACCCCGGCAUGUGGGCAUUCCACUGCCACAUCGCGUGGCAUAUGAGCUCGGGGCUGUUGAUGCAGAUCAAUAACCGCCCGCAGGUGGCAGCGAGCUAUGGACUGCCGGACGUGUUGCUGCAGCAUUGUGCGGUUGAUAAGGGGAGUGAGGCGAAGCGGUCUGUGGGGCUUAACGUGCGUUUGGGAGGGUUCUGAGCAGCUGGGGCGGGGCGAGAGAGUGGGUUUGGAGGCGGAAG